AUGAUCCCUCGACUUAUUGCCGGCUUGACUGCUCUCAUUGUGCUGCCUGUGACGGCUAACCCGGUUUUGUCACGUCGAGGAACAGUUGCAUCCGACCAACUUCUCGGAUUUCCCCAGACAGUUCCAGCUGGUGCCACUGGCGACCUCUACCUGGCCUACCAGCCAGAUCUAUAUGUUGUCAAUGGUUGCGUGCCUUUCCCGGCCGUCGAUGCAAACGGGAACACCAAUGCCGGUCUCAAACCAACUGGAGAUCCAAGUGGUGGAUGCAAUAAAAGCACGGGGCAAAUAUACGUGAGAGGCGGUUCUUCAGGCGACCGCUAUGCCCUGAUGUAUUCCUGGUAUUUCCCCAAGGAUUCGCCUUCGACUGAUCUUGGCCAUCGCCACGAUUGGGAAGGGGUUAUUAUCUGGCUUUCCGACGCCACAAGUACCGCUGCCUCAAACAUCCUGGCUGUUUGCCCAUCAGCACAUGGUGGCUGGGACUGCAGUACAGAUGGGUAUACUCUUGAUGGCACUGCAUCUCUGAUCAAGUACCAGUCCGUUUGGCCUGUGAAUCAUGCUUGCGGCCUAACAACCACCAUUGGCGGUACACAGCCGUUGGUUGCCUGGGAGUCAAUGUCCAGUAAGUUGCCCACUAAGACCCCCAAGGCCUGGAAGGUAGAAAAGUCUAACCCCAAACACUCAGCUGUCGUGCAAAAUGCCUUGGAUACAACGGACUUUGGAUCAGGGAAUGUUCCUUUCAAUGAGGGCAAUUUUGCCAACAACCUAGCAAAGGCAACAUUCUAA